UACAUUUUUAAAAUUUAAACAUUCACUGUGUAUGUUGACCACACUUGUUUUAUGCAUCUUUGGGCAGAUUAGAAACAGAUGCCUCCUCUUGCCAAUGGACCCAGCUGGGGUGAACGGGAGGGGAAGGCAGAUGCCUGGCAGCGUCAUCACCUGCCUUUCACAUAAGGGGAAACCGAAGCCCAGGGAGGAAGGCAGCUUGCUCAGGAUUUCACAGUGAGACAGGGAUGGCACAGCGCAGAGCUCAGGCCUCCUGCAGCCAGGCCUGUCUUCCCGGUGCUGAUGGCCCCAUGCGAUGAGUGGGAGACGGAGGGCUUCCUUCCCAGGCACAACCUGGCGCAGACUCGGCCCACAGGGGCCCUCGCUCUCGGAAUCCUCCUUACGCGGGUCCUUUUCCAAGUCAAAGCAAGAGGUGCAGCUCCGCCAGACCGACUCCCAGGCUCCCAGUCCGCUGCUCAGUGCAGCAGAGGCCGGCGGCGUGGCCGAAGGACCUGCGCGAGGACCCCGGGCUGGAGUCCAGCAGGGGGCGCUGCAGAGUGGGCUGGGGGAGGGGCGGCGGGGGCGGAACGCCCGGGCAUAAGUAGCCGCGGUCAGGUGCGGACCGGAGUUAUUCCUGCCGCGGGCUCGCCGGGACCGGGCCGACCCCCGCGACGCCUGCAACCCCGCCUUCUGCAUUCGCUAUGCGGGGCGCCCGCGCAGCUCCGUGGCUGCUGCUGUGCCUGUGCGCCGGUGAGGCUGGCGGAGGUGGGGGGUCCUGAGCCGGCAGGUAUGAGGACGGCGGGGGGGUGACCCUGACCCCGACGUCUGGAGGGCUUCCUGGAGGAGGCCGUCUGAGCCGGGCCUUGGAGCAGGGGCGCUGGUAGUGGCGGCGGGGUGGGGAGCGCUUUGAGAUGUUGGGGAUCCCGGAUGGAGCUGCUCCUGAAGGCUGGAAACCCAGAGCAGGUCUAUUCCCUGGCCUGAGACUCGUCCCAAAGAUGGAGGCAGGGGACACAGGCGGUCAGAGCACAAGGCUGUGGGGCAGCACCCAUAGAUGUCCCAAGGGUCGGUGAGGGCAAAGGCCCCAAAGGACAAGAAGGAGCCACUACUGGGCCUUGGGAAAAGCAAUGCUCCUCAGCCUCCGCGGGGGAAGAGUGUGGAAGGUGCAUGGGAGGCGACUGGCUCUUGGGGACGCCAGGGGCUCAGUACCCAAGCGCACACCCAGCCCUGAAGGUGUGGCUUCUCACGCUCGUUCUCAAAAACAUACACAGAGAGGUCACCUGCUAGUCACCUACUUCAGGGACAGGAACUUGACCCCACCAUCCUCCCCUAUGUGCCCUGGGAACCUGGCCCUGUGCCCACUGAGGCAAGAGGUCCUACAACAGAUCCAUCACAGGCACUGGGCUACCUCCAUCCCAUGUCCCAGCUCGUGAGGAGGUCCCGGACCACUGCAAAGGAGGAUCCCAGGCCCUGUUUUUGUUGCUCUGCAGAGGGGCAGGAGCUCUCCAGCCAAGGGCUCCAUACUCCCUCCAGGGUCCACCCCAGGCAGGGGAAACCUGUGGGUGAUGCUAGGAGCCCCUCUGCUCCUCUGUGAUGGCUAGUGGUGGACAGGUUCUGAGCUAGCACCCAAUGGCUACGUCUCUGGGAGGAGGCACAGCUUUGCCCAGUCUUGGCACCUGCCUUGGGGCAGGCUGUGCAGGCCAAUGGGGUCACACAGUGCUGCCAGAGUCACCCUCUCUGCAGCUGCCAGCUGGGCCUCACUGUCCCUGUGGUCCCCAGCACACAGUGGGGAGCAGGUGACGGAGGUGCGGUGGUGCACCAUCUCCGAUGCGGAGCAGCUGAAGUGCCAGGACAUGAGCAAGGCCUUCCGGGAAGCGGGCAUCCAGCCCUUCAUCGCCUGUGUCCAGGGCACCUCAGCCGGCCACUGCAUGCAGCUCAUCUCGGCCCAGAAGGCUGACGCUGUCACUCUGGAUGGAGAAGCCAUCUAUGAGGCGGGGAAGGAGCACGGCCUGAAGCCUGUGGCGGGCGAGCUGUACGAUGGUGAGGUGGGGACUGCCUAUUAUGCUGUGGCUGUGGUCCGGAAGAACUUCUCUGUGACCAUCAACACCCUGAAAGGCGUGAAGUCCUGCCACACGGGCCUCCAGCAGACGGCGGGCUGGAACGUACCGGUGGGCUUCCUGGUGGAGACAGGCCGGCUCUCAGUGAUGGGCUGCGAUGUGCUCACGGCUGUCAGCGAGUUUUUCGGGGGCAGCUGCGUCCCUGGUGCAGGAGAAACCAAUCACUCACUGUCCCUUUGCCGCGCCUGCAGGGGUGAUAGCUCUGGGAAGUGGGUGUGUGACCACAGCCCCUUGGAGAGAUACUACGGCUACAGCGGGGCCUUCCGGUGCCUGGUGGAAGGGGCAGGCGAUGUGGCCUUCGUGAGGCACAGCACGGUGCUGGAGAACACAGAUGGGAAAACCCAGCCCUCUUGGGGCAAGGCUCUGCUAUCACAGGACUUUGAGCUGCUGUGCAGGGAUGGCAGCCGCGCCAGCGUCACUGAGUGGCGGAGAUGCCACCUGGCCCAGGUCCCCGCACGCGCCGUGAUGGUCCGGGCUGACAUGGAUGGGAAACUCAUCUUGCAACUGCUUGGCGAGGGCCAGCUGCUGUUCAACCGGGAGGGAAGCACCUUCCAGAUGUUCAGCUCGGAGAGCUACGGCCAAAAGGACCUGCUGUUCAAGGACACCACCUUGGAGCUGGUGCCCGUCAGCACGCAGACCUAUGAGGCGUGGCUGGGCCAAGACUAUCUGCGUGCUAUGAACGGCCUGUUCUGUGACCCCAACAAGCUACCCGACUUCCUGCGCUGGUGUGUGCUGUCCACGCCUGAGUUCCGCAAGUGUGGUGACAUGGCGCUGGCCCUCAGCCAGCAGAAGCUCAGGCCGGAGAUCCAGUGUGUGUGGGCCCACUCCCCACUGCAGUGCAUGGAGCAGAUUCAGGCUGGACACAUGGAUGCUGUGACCCUGAGGGGUGAAGACAUUUACAGGGCAGGGAAGAUGUUUGGGUUGGUCCCAGCGGCCGGGGAAUCCUAUCCUGAGAACAGCAGCGACUCGCACUAUGCGGUGGCCCUGGUGAAUCGGGACAGCUCCUCCGCCUUCAGCCUGAACGAGCUGCGUGGCAAGCGCUCCUGCCACCCCGGUGUGAACAGCCUUGCCGGCUGGACCGUGCCCCUGGGCGCCCUCAUCCACAGGGGCUCCAUCCGGCCCCGGGACUGCAACGUGAUCAAAGGUACCGUUCCUAUGGGACGCGACCCGGCUCUCCUCAGCAACCCACCGAGUCUCUCCAAUAGAAAACGUGUAACUCAGGAGGCAGUGAGUUCCCCAUCACUCAGGGAGUUCCAGGGAGUGCCGGCAGAGGCUGGCAGGCGUCCCUCCCCGCUGGCUGUCCCUGCUCACAACCUGUCCCCUCUGCCAGGGGUGAGCGAGUUCUUCAAUGGCAGCUGUGUGCCCGGGAGCGAGGCCAGGGGAUUCCCAUCCUCGCUGUGCGCAGUCUGCGCAGGAGAUGCAAAGGGCUGGAACAAGUGUGUGGCCAACAGCCAGGAGAGGUACUUCGGUGACAGCGGGGCCUUCAGGUGCUUGACAGAAAAGGCAGGGGAUGUUGCCUUCGUGAAGCACACGACCAUCUUUGACAACACGAACGAACAGAGCACUGGGUCUUCCCAGCCAAGGUUCUGGAGAACCCGUCCACAUCCUCCCCACCCCACCCUGUCCCCAGGCUACACUUCGGAGCCCUGGGCAGCCAAGCUCAGGCAGCAAGACUACCAGCUGCUGUGCCUCAAUGGGGCGCGUGCGGAGGUGCACCAGUUCCAAGCCUGCAGCCUGGCCAAGAUCCCAGCCCGCGCCGUCAUGGUGCGGCCAGACACCAACACCUUCACUGUGUAUGGACUCCUGGACAAGGCCCAGGAGCUGUUUGGAGACGACAACAAUAAGAACGGGUUCCAGAUGUUUGACUCCUACAAAUACCGUGGCCAAGACCUGCUUUUCCGGGACGUUACGGUCCAGCUGGUGCCUGUGGUGGAGAAGACCACGUACAUCGCAUGGCUGGGGCCUGACUACAUGAGAGCCAUGGAGGGGAUCCUGACACCACCGUGCUCGGGCUCAGUCACUGUCCCCGGGGUUUCCUGGCUGCUCCUGCCGCCCCUCGCUGCUGGCCUCAUCCUCCUGAACGCCCUCUGAGAGCAGCCCCGGCCAGUCACCUCCUGGGACUGCAGAUGAGACCGGGAAUAGCCCAGAGGAUCCACGAUGCAGAGGACUUCAGGGACCUCUCACAGCCCUGCAUCCAUCAAGAUGAAGGCUAAAGCCAUGUCCCCCACCUGAGCCCCCAGCUCUGGCCCACGGCCCAGUCACGCCGCCCAGCUGGCUCAGUGCCCAAACCUGCAGCCGCCCACCGGCAGCCUCCCAGGCUGGUUGCUGGGGAGACAGUGGGGGGGCCUCCCACGGGCCCCUCUGCUGUGCAGCACCCAGAAGGUUCGAGCACCACCAGCUGCAGGCCCCAUAUCCGCUGGCUCGCUGUCCUCAGGGCCCCAGGUCCCACCUCCCUCCUGAGCACACCGUGUCAGGGAAAGUGUCUACAAGCGAGGUGGCAGCCACGUCCCAGAGGGGCAUAGUGACACCCUCAGCCCAAUGGCAGCAUCUGGCCAGAGGCGCCCUGUGAGGAUGCAGCCCCGCAGGGGCCUGUGGAGGAAGGAGCUGCCGCCAAGGAAGAGGGUUCUAAGCCAGGGUGGGGACUGCGCCUCCUGCCUAACCUGAAUGUGGGAGGCACAGGCCUCAGGGGAACUGAGCUGCACCCCUGCUCUCUGGGGCAUAGUUCCCCGCCUGGGUUCAGCUGCAGAUUAUCUCCCACCACCACUCUCACCCCACGCACCCCACCGCCUCAGCCUACUCCUGGACACUGUCACCCCGAAGUCUUCAACUGACAAGAGCAGGAGGCAAUGACCCAGGCCUCACCCUGAGGCCCCCUGGAAGGAGACCAGGUGCUGGGGUGAGGGCUGCCUCUUUCCCCAGCCCCCCACACCUCCUGUGUUCUGAGGAAGGGUCUCCCCACCCCAGCCUGGGGAUAGCUGCAGCAGGGCCUCUCUCUGUCCAUUUCACCAUGGUUCUCUGAGGAGCCAGAAAAAGUUUUCUGGAACUGCCAGCUCUUAUUCUGAAUUUUGCACCCCUGAAAAAAACAAAUAAGCAGCAGGAGCUUGAGGCCUCCUCAGCGCCAGCGUCAGCGGGCUGGGAACUGCGUGGGCCUGCAGCUAUUUACAUCCCAGUCCGUGGGGAGCCUCAGGGACACGGAUGACGGACCAAGUCCCAGGUGGCUCGCCCCUACCUGUGGGCGCUCUCGAGGGGGCCCCCAGCAGUAUUCCACCCACCACCACCAGGCCCUGAGAGUUCGGUCACAGUCACCCGGCAAGGGCAGCCCUCACCCACCCCCAGGGAGAGCGCUGGGCCUCCUAGGGUCCCGUCUGAUGGAUAUGGACUCCUGUUAAGGAAGGCUGUGCUGAGGGUCAUACCGAUUGUUAGGUGAUGCCGCUGCUGUCUGUGCUAAUGAAGGACGGUGUUUGUUUCUGAAAUAAAGAUGAACAGCCCUGUGCACCAGAGGAAGCUCUCAGCUGCAGAUUCCUUUUUCUCGGGUGCCCCAGGGCCUGCGCCACCCACAUCAGCACCGUCCAGCGGGGUGGGCCCCAGCUCUUCACUGAGCUGCUUCCCUGACCCUCGCAGCACUCAGCAUCGCUGGCUUUGCUCAGCUGCCUCUGCUCCCGCCCCAGCCUUCAGGUGCCCGCUUUGUGCUACCCCCGCCUCGUGACUCCAAAAUCAGCUGCCCACACCACAGCUUUGGCAGCUGAGUGGCUGGAGUGGGGGAGGGCGCGCACGGAGCUCCAGGCCUCACCCUGGCCAGAGAUGGACUCAGGGCCCUCCUUCACUCUCCCAAGCCUCCUACCUGGGGAGGCCCUGUACUGGUCCCUGCAGCCCUUUGUUACAGCUGGGUCUUGCUUGCCAGGGCACACAAGCCAUCCGCCCCAUCAUCAUGCAGCCAGGUAGCCUUAGGGAUCCCGAUGGCAAAAGCUAAGACCUCCUCUUUGCAUUACUUGGCGCUGUUGAAGUCUCGGGAGCUUCCCACUCUGAACUUUUGGGGACAGACAGUGAGCCUUUGCUGGGAAGUCCUCCUGCCUCAGCCUGCUGAGCCCUAGAAUUACAGGGUUGCACCCUAAUGCCAGGCUGAGCUUUUAGAGUGACAAAAGACUGGAACCAUCUGAAUACCCCUCAAUACUGAGAGGCAGAUAUAAAAGCUGGUCUAUACCUUCAUCUCAGUGGACAGUCUACAAUCAUUACAGCACCAGAGCUAUAUUUAGAGGUGGAAAAAGUCCACGACAUAUUGUUGAGUAAAAAGAGCAGGUUAUAAAACAGCCUGUGGUCCCAUUACCAUAAAACCACUCUCUCUCUCACACACACAUUCACACACUCACACACACACUCACACUUGGAGCUGUCUGGAAAUCUGUUCACCAAACUGUUAGUCACUGGAAAGUAACUCUUUCCAGUUGGUGGGAUUUAGGAAUAAUUUUUAGUUUCUUCAAACUUUAGUUUUGUUUCUUUAAAGUGUCUACUUAGAAUUUUAAAGCACUUUAAAUCAUUAGCCAUUUUUAAUUGUGGAAUGGAUAAAUAAACAAGGAAACCAACCAAAACUAAAGCACAGCCUGGGUGCAGUGCCGGGCCUCCUCCUGGUUCCUGGGUCAGCAGGCUAUGCGGGGCGCCCAGGCUCGGAGCUCCUCUGUCCCAGAUGUGGCCCUGCCAGCAGCCUCGUGACCUUUGAGGACUGUGACUUCAGGGCUUCUACUUCCUCCGAGAGCCCCUGCCUCAUGAGCUGACUGGGGUCCGGUGCCCACCUGGUCCCGUGGCCCUGAAGACCACAUAUCUGUCCCUACAGCCCCUUCCUGUGGGAAGCCCUGUAAUUGGCUGCCACCUUAUAUCUGCAGGCCGCACCACCUUAACUCCCUCUAGGAGUUAAGUUUGGUAGUUAAGCAGCAUCUUGCCUACCUAGCUUGUUUGGCCUAUUCAGGGAUUAUGCUUAUGAGCCCACGUGCAGGAAAUUUGAAAAUUUGAUUUAACCUAUGACCCUCAGUCUUGCCACUGUUGCUAAGUUACCUGCUGAUGUUGCAGAACCCAACUCCCUCCUCAAUACCCUAUAUAUUUAAUACUCAUUCCUUGAAUAAACGAAACUUGAUUGGA